CAACCCCAGCAUUCUGUGGAGCCCGUGCUCCCUUACAGACAGAUGACCCUAACAGUCGAGUGGUUUGUAAUAAUAGUACGUUGAACAACUUGGGCGAGGACGCCAGAAUAAUUUCACUUUUGGAUCUUCUCAACCCCAAUCAAAUCUGGGAAGACCUCAUUUUUUAAGACACGAGCGAUAUAGCAAACGCGCCUCCCUCCCUCAAGGCGACUAAAGACCCUGAGAUCAAUAUGAGAUUCGUUUUAAAGUCCGACUUAUCUCCUAUAACACGUGUGCCUAUUCUGUAAUUACUCAGGAAGAUAUGUUUGCUACAGCAGAUAGCGGGCGGAAUAAUAAGCCACGACACCGUUGAACAGGUUAUGACAAACUCGAGGGAUGAUAAUUACUUCAUGGGGUUUUAUGCGUCUUCUGCCGAUCCUUGGUCCGAGAUUGGGUUGCCUGACGGCACUAAUAACCUACUUCGACUCUCUACUAUUGAACAGGUCGUAUCGAGCGUAUGGUCGAACAAUAAUCUCAUGGGGUUUCCUACGACUGAUGCUGGUUACUGGUCUGAAUUUGCUGAAGACACGCUCUCUGUUACUGAUCCCGUUGCGUCGGAUGCGGAUGUUUUAAAUAGAGAG